AUUUUCUCUCAUUUCUGAUAGUGCAUUUAUGCCGUUGGUCCCGUUCAAUUCCGCUACUAGUCCGGGUCUAUCCGCGUGACUUCUGGAUACUUAGUAUUUGAGUGUCGUGUGAGCACUUGAUGCUCGUUUUCCUUUCAACAUUCAGCCCUCUCUCUGCAAGCAUAUAAGAGUAUAUCAUGGUGUCUGUCGUUCCCAGAUCCUUCUCUAUGCCUUCUCCGAGUGCCAAGCAGGAGCUGCAGCUGAACGAGCUGGGCAGCCUUACCGAUGCUGUGGAGCCAUUCGCAAGGCUCCUGAGCCAAACUGGUCGUUCCGUGAGGCUGCAUUGCUCUGUCCCCAUGUGGUCAUCUCCUUCUGAUACAUGCCUUGAUUUACACGACCUUCACGACUUACGCUCACGAAUUCUUCUCUUCGUUCAUGAUCUCUUAGAGUUGUUGCGUUCAGCCGGGAUUCCCGCAUCCUACCGACUUGCUCCCUCAAACUCCUCGCUCUGUUUCAUCUGUGCAUUACCGACUGAGCUCAGUGCUCCAAAGGUGAGGUCAGCUGCAGUCGAAAUUCUGCAGAAUGCGAACAUACAUGCAAGGGAGAAAGUUUUAUUGGCUGACCUGGAAUGCGGCCCCGCAUUGAUCAUUUCCUAACUUCUAAACUUCUAUGCAUCGUAUAAUAUACAUUUACACCUUUGCAUUGCUAUCUGUACCAUUAAAUAAAUAAAGCAAUAUCAUAUUUUGCAUGGUUGGGCUCUACAUUCCGAGAUGGAAAACCCAAGUCUAGCCUAGU